UAAAAAAAAAUACCUACACUUCUAUUUAUGUUCUAUCAUGAACAUGCUGUCAUAGCUGACGUAAAAUAGACUAAUAUUUAUACAAUAUCUAUUCCAAUUAAAAGCAUGUUUAAACCAUUGAAAUAUAUAAAAUCAAAUUGCUUUACGCGAAUCACAGCCAAUGCAUCCGUUCGUCACAGCUCUUGCAAACGCGAGGAGCUCGACUGGCGUGAUGUCAUCUCGGAGGCAGAGCAAAUCGUUGGCUAUCCAACGUCUUUCCUGAACCUGAGGUGGCUGUUCAAUGAUGAGAUCGCUAACACAGCUAUACAGUUGAGGAAACUGGUCGGCACAAAUCAUCCGCUCUUGAAAUCGGCGAAGAACCUACUCAUUGGCUCCAAAAGCAACCUUCAAUCAGUGGGACUUAUAAUUCUUUUGGCAUCGAAAGCUGCCGGUAUCGAUGUCAGGAAGUACACGAGAGAUCACUAUGACUCGGGAGUCCUCCACGCACAGAGGGCGCUGGCUGAGAUCGUGGAGAUGAAGAGAACUGGCCAUUUGAUCCACAAGACCAUGGCCAAUUUACAGGAGAAGGAGAAACACGGGAAAAAGUAUAAGGAUUUGUUAUAUGGAAAUAAAAUUGUAUUGCUUACAGGAGACUAUUUGCUAGCAACGUGCCUCCAACAUUUAGGCGGUUUGCACAACAAUGAAGUGACCGAGCUUAUCUCGACUGGUCUCCGGGAUUUGGUUGAGGGAGAUUUUCUCGGCGACCACGACGAUGACCACAAUCCCCUGCCCAGUAGACCAAAGGCCAGCAACGAAGUAAAGAGUCACUAUGUCUGGGAAGAGGAGGAUAACCUUGCUAAACUUGGUUCCAACGAAUUUCUCGGUCAGGGGAAAGACGAGUGGCUUUUACGUACAAUGCUAACAUCUGGAAGUUUACUUGGAAAGGGCUGUCAGGGUGCUAUGAAACUUGCUGGUUGGGGAAAGGAUAUGGAAAGGCAGGCUUAUAUUUUGGGAGGACACUUGGCUAUUAUCUGGCAAUUGUAUCUGGACGUGAAAGACUUCUUCACACAUCCAUAUUCUUAUUCGUUAGUUGGGGCUCCCGUAAUUAUAGCACUAUGGGAGUAUCCAACAAUCUAUAGCUAUAUUAUAGAAUCAAAGUUAGAGAAAAAGCCUAUAGAAUACAAGCAAUUAUAUUACGCUGUGAGGGCGACUAGAUCUUUGGAGUAUUUGACGAUAUUUCUUAAUGAGGAAAUAGAAGCUAUAAUGAGGAAUAGUGACCAAUUCCCUGUCAAGGACGCCCGUGCUGCAAUACAGAAGAUGGCUUGGACAGUACAUAACGAAACACUACAAUACAUGGAGUAAAGGCGAAAUAAUAUAUCUAAAUAUAGACGCAAAUUAAUAUUCUCAAUUAUUUUUUUGAACUACAUCAUAUGAAAGUAAGUGUUUUUAAAUUAGGAACAAUGAAAAAGUUUUAUAAAAAGAAUCAUAUUAUUUACUUUGAAGAAUAAGAACUUGAUUUCCAUUGCCAUCGUCGAUAUUUUGAGUCCGAUUGAAAACUAUAAACAAAUAUGUAUGAUUUUAAUAAAGUAUAA